AUGUCGUCGAAAAAACAACGCUGCAUGAGUAUGGAACCGCUGCCCCACGAUGUGGUAGAGCUCAUCAUGGAGAGACUUCCCGUGAAGUCUCUCCUGAGAUUCAGGGCUGUAUCGACGCAAUGGAAAUCAACUAUCGGAGAUCCAUACUUCGAAGAAAAACAGUUGAAGCAUCGUCAGAAAUCAGGAGAUCCAGAUGUGCUCAUGGUCUCCGUACGUCCCUAUGAUGUUGUUAAACCGGACAUAGAAGCUCUAAGAACACUGGUGGUGGGUUCUUCAUCAUCGGGCAACAUUCCUACUCCCUGGGAGAAUACACUUUAUCACGUUUCUAAUGGAAGCUGUGACGGUCUCGUUUGUGUUUACAAUAACCACAUAACCGGUUUUGUGGUCAAUCCCACCACUGGAUGGCAUCGCCCCCUUCCUCUAUGCCAAUUCCAGCAGCUCAUGAUUGACCUAGGAGACAGAUACUUGGACCUUGGACACUCAUACUUCAGUCUUGGAUUCGGCAAAGACAAGCUCACGCGCACAUACAAGCCCGUCUGGCUAUACAACUCUCCAGAAACAGGCCUCGAAGACGCUACUAGGUGCGAAGUUUUCGACUUUACCACCAGCUCUUGGAGAUAUGUCACUCCCGCUGCUCCUUAUCGGGUCGUUGCUUUGCCCAAGCCUGUGCAUGCACUACAAGAAAACAUGGCCUUUUCCAACGGCUAUAAUCGUAGUUUUGCCGUUGGAAACAGCUAA